UUACUGUGAUUUGUGCUAAUAUACACGUACAUGAUACAUGUGACGUUACGUGGCUGGAAAGUCAAUUUUGGUGUCUGCGAAUGAAAUUAUCCAUGUAUUUUUUUAAAGCAGGUUUUUUAUAAAUUAUGUUAGACAUUUAUUCUACACUCUGUUGUGGAGGAAUUUUGGUAUUAAUUGCGUUUCUCGCGGUAUGUAUCAUUGUAGUAAAAACUACAAAACCAUGCCCGAGUGUCCUACGUUCAAAGAAAGAAAUGUCAUUUUUAGAUCCAAUAACUGGCAAGACUAGUGAAUUUCCUUCUCUAAGUGAACCAUGGAGCAUUCAUCUUAGUGUUGUUGUACCAGCAUAUAACGAAGAAGUUCGACUUCCGCCAAUGUUGGAUGAGUGUUUGGAGUAUCUUGAAUCUCGAAGGCCAGCUCUUACAUAUGAAGUUAUAGUGGUCAGUGAUGGUAGUCAAGAUGGUACAGCUGAAGUAGCUAGGAAAUACGCCAAGAAUCAUGGAGCUGACACUGUUAGAGUCCUGGAACUUGAAACCAACAGGGGAAAAGGUGGUGCCGUGAGAUUGGGCGUGCAGAGUACUCGAGGAGCUGUGAUACUGUUUGCUGAUGCUGACGGCGCGACAAAGUUUCCUGACCUCGCGAAACUCGAAUCUAGUCUGAAAGAUUUGGUUAAAGGUGAUUAUCUGACGGCACCAGAUGAUGUUGCCGCAGGUCUGGGAAUUGUGUGCGGUUCACGUGCUCACCUAGAGCAGCAGGCCAUCUCCAGCCGCUCGUAUUUCCGCACGGUUCUCAUGUAUGGCUUCCACCUCCUAGUAUGGCUGUUUUCAGUACGCGGAAUCAGAGACACCCAAUGCGGUUUCAAGCUCUUCACCAGAGAGGCUGCGCGUCUUUCUUUCGGCAGUUUACACGUGGAGAGGUGGGCGUUCGAUGCGGAAUUACUGUACAUUGCGCAGAGACUUGGAAUUCCUUUGUCAGAAGUAGCAGUUAACUGGACUGAAAUUGAAGGUUCUAAACUGAUUCCAGUUUUCAGUUGGUUACAAAUGGGAAAGGAUAUUUUUCUCAUUUGGUUAUGGUAUCGUAUUGGAGCGUGGAAACUUGCGAAGAAGGUUGCAUAGCGGAAGGACAGAUCGUUCUCAACAUUCCACUCAGAAAAAAGGUUUUAAGGAUUAUGUGUGAAAAGAAGAGAGCGUUACGUGUAUUGUUCUAUGGUGACAUCCACUUACGUUAAGAACCUUUUUAUAUAUUUUGUUUUCAGAAUAAAACAAGACUGGGAAGAUGAUUAAUGUGCGUGAGUUACGCUGCUGUAUAAGUAUGCGACCAAAGUAUUUUUCAGUUUUUUGUUACCUUCGUGACUACUUUGAUCUGUUUUCUUUCUCAUUCCUCAAACACCCUUUUCAUACAAAAAUUUGCUGUACAUUAUUUGUUGAAUUUGUAGGUACAGAGAUGGCAGAUUUAUGUAUGUUACCCCAUUUUAAUUUUGUUAUUUUAGUAUCGUAUUAUUAAAUUCCCUUGAAGUUCAUUUAAAAUUCUGUCUGACAGUUCCACACAGUUCGUAGUUACUGUGUGCAGGUUUUUGAAUAGAUGGAGCACAUUUGAACAUUCUUUUGAUUUUUUUAAAUGUAAGGUAUAUAUGAUUGGCUUUUAAUAGUAAGGGGGUGGAACUUUAUCAUAUUUUACAUAAAAUAAAAAUUGUAUCGUAACUUA